UAAUGAGUGUGAAUGUAGCAGACAUGAGACAUGUUCUAUAAAUUAUAAAAAAAAAUUAAUCACAACAAUGAAAGUUAAGAAAAUGCGCCUACUGGUUUUUCAAUUAUCUAACCAAAUUCACGUUCAUUCAAAAUAUGAAAUACGUUAAAAAAGCGGGGGGUCUGGUUCGUCCGGUCUGAGAACGCCCUUAAAGUCAGCCAUUAAUCAUAACCUUCACUGAUGAUAAUAUCGUGUAUUUACGUACAUCAUUAAAAUAACAAAUAAACUCAAAAUAAGAUUGCUUAUUAAUUGUAUAACCUAAAUAUAUAACAUAUAUAUAUGACCUCCUGCGGCCCAUUAAUGCCUUCGCCAAGGAUGGUUAGAGUCUAUCCAGAAGUGUUAAAAGCAGAAUACAAGUGGUCUUUACCAGCGCGUCAAUACCCUGAUUGGACAGAGUCAGAAUAUUUUACAUUUCCGAAUUAUGAUAAAUUAUAUUUUGCCGUAUGUCUAAGAGAUGUUUUUACAAGUACUGGUAGUUCAUCAGCAGAAAUAAGAAUUAGAAAAAAAGGAAUUUACGAUCCUAGCCGUGUUGAUAUUAAAAUAAGUGCGGCGUUUAUUCCAAAUAAUAAUAACACAAUAACAAUGAAAGGAUGGGUCGACCAGUACAGUAAUAAGUUAACAUUCCCAUCCAGGUCCACUUUACCUCGGGAAAUAUUUUGUGAAAUAAGUAUGAAUAAGUCAGAUAUUAUUAGUAAUAUUGAUGGCUUUAGAUUGAAAAUAGCGAAGAAAUCAAAAUCCAUGAGCAAUUAUUUUUUUUCACCUGAAUUAAGCGACGUGACUCUUAAAGUACAAGAUGAGGAAAUACCAGCACAUAAAUUGAUACUUGCCUUCCACAGUCCUGUUUUCAAGACUAUGUUUAAUACAGACAUGAGAGAAACUACAGAAAAUCGCAUUUGUCUUGAAGGAUUUGAUGUUGAUACCAUCAAAGAAGUCCUCAGGUUCAUGUACUCGGGAAAUAUAGCAGUUGAAAAUGACAUUGAAUUACUUUUAAAGAUAUUGUCUUGUACGAAUAUGUAUCAAAUUACAAGCUUGAGAAUCCUUUGCGAGUAUCAAUUGAUACAAAAUUUCACGGUUGAUAAUAUCAUCAAAAUUUUAGUCGAAACUGAUCGUUUUGAAGUACCAAUUCUUCAUGAAAAAGCAAUGCUGUAUUUAAAUUGCAACAGGGAACGCAUAUCGUACUCUGAGGCGAUAAAAGAAUUAAAUAAUUCAAAAGUACUGCAAAAGUUUUUCAUGGAGCGAGUGGGAAUGAAGAUUAGUGAUGAAUAGAUUUUCAUUUUUACCAGUUUAUUAUUAUUACUACUUUAACUUUUUUAAAAUCUUGUCUGCUAAAAUUUAAAUCUAAAUUUAAAUCUAAAAUUUCAAAUUAUCAAUAAACAAUAAAUUUUUAUAGGAAUUGUGUCUACUUUUACUUACUUAUUACUUAUUACUGUGUAUUACUUACUACAAAAUAAAUUCAUUUAAUCCCACGGACUUUUUUAUUUACAUUU